GCCCAAAACACUGCCUCAACAACAAAUUAUCGCAUGCUUGCAUCGUUCUCAUGGGAGAAGCCAGUGAAGAGGCCCUCAGGCUUAACAAGAUAGAGAGUUUCUUGGACCCCAGUACCUCGCCUCAUACCGUAAAUAUAGAUGAAUUUAGGCGCCUUUGCUCUGCUGGCCGAAUCCCUGACCAUCCCCCAUUUUUGCGACCUCGGGUGUGGCGUUUAUUACUUGGUUCCCUUCCUCCGGAGAAGUCUAAAUGGACCAGUUCUGUCGAACAAUCCCAACUCAAAUAUCUGGGAAUUGCCCGUCGCUUUAUAGGCGAUCUUGAAGUCCAGGGAGCGCCGACGUAUCCGCUGUCACUUGGUGACAGACUGCUUGAGGGCAUAGAGAAGGAUGUAGCUGCCAUGGAUUUGCAAGCUUUCUUCCCGACAUAUUCAGGUCCCUCAUCAUCAUCGUGGAGUUCGCCCCCGGGUCGCCAAGAAAUCUCUCAACCCCAUUGGGCAGCGAUCCAGUGUAGGGUUCGUUCGAUACGGAAAGUAAAGUCUGGCCCGCAACGCAACUCCGUCCAGCCCGAGAUUACCCUGUCCCUUCCUGACUCUCCUCUUGUAUCGUCUGUGCCCCCCGCCAUCGAGAAUGCCGAUGAGCCGCAGAACUCAUAUCGGGAUUCCCUCCUCCGCAUCCUCUACUUCCACGCCCUUCUUUAUCCAGAUCGGGGAUACAACCAGGCAAUGUCCUUUGUCCUCGCCCCGCUGUACUUCGUGCUUGCACUGCAUGAAGUUGACUAUGACAAUGCUCUCCAAGCCGAAUCGGACGUCUUCUGGGCAUUCGGGGAGAUGGUGGGCGAUCUCGGCAGUUUUAUUGGUUUGGUGGGUGACCUCAAUGACACAAACGGUGUUCAAGGGGUGUUGGGACGGUUAAGCGAAAGACUCUGUUGGGCAGAUAAUGGGCUGUGGGAAGAGCUUCAUGCAAAAUCUCUCGAUCCUGCGCUGCCCUACUGGGCCCUGGGAUGGAUUUCAUCACUCUUUUCCCGAACCUUGCCUUUUGAGCACGUAAUCCUAUUGUGGGAUCUCCUAUUCUCUCAGCCGCCCUCCAACCUUUCGAAUGCUCCGCGCAUCACACUAUUAAUCGAUAUCUGCACAUCAAUGGUGUUGAGAAUACGAAACAGGCUGAUUAUUGCCGGUAAUCGCUACAAAGGAGGACUGUGGGCCGAAGAAGCCCCAAUUGAGGCUCCUCGACCCGAGGGAAUUAUGGGCGAAGGAUUUAUUGAAGGCAUCCAGAUACUGCAAAACUAUCCUGUUCAUGUUGUGGGACUGGAAUCCAUAAUGCAAGGUGUCGUGUGGCUAACACGCAAGCAGCAGAGAGAAGGUCGUGCAUCCGGGACACGCAGUGAUGACCCGCCAUUUUUAUCCAUCCCAUCUACUCUGAAUCGCGUGCACGGACGACUCCUUAAAAGUCCUUGGUUCCCAGGUUACGUUGCUGUUACAUCCACCCAGACCAAGGACUUGAAGGGAGACACCAAACCCAAAGUAACCUUGAGCCAAUUCUUAGACUCAAGCGAUGCGGUUGCCUCCCUCUCGAAAGCUCGAUCUAAUCUUGCUGCGGCAGCCUUGAACUACUGGAAGGGAUCCCACCAUGAUAGUGCCAAAAGGUUUAAAUUUGCUGAGUCAUCUUCAGAAGGAACGAAAUCUUUUGGCCAGUUUUCUCUUUGGAGGACGUCGUAUUCUUCGAAUUCAUCCCAAGAUAGUGCGAUAUCUUCGCCCACCAGCAACCCCUCGGCGUUAAGCCGCAGCCCAACUGAUGCUAGAAUAUUAAGCCCUGGAGCACUUCUCGCCGGUUACGACUCAGAAACUUCGACAAGAUCGUCCAAAACGAAUCCCCCUGACUCCAACUGGCGCGUGAGAGGGAGUGGGCUCCAGGAACGGCCCCAAUCUCCACCAGUUUCGCCGAAUGUAUUCGGGGGUGGGCCGCGGCCCCUCAUUUUGUCCAGCCGACGAGUAACUCGUGACUCUACGCAGUCGCGUCCGUCCUCCAUGUCCUCCACCAGCCAACCGGGAGAGAGUCAUCUUUCAGACUCUGAGACCAGCAGGAUAGUGCCGAUCCGCAGGCGGAGAGUUGGCGCGCACAUGAAUUCGCCAUCAUCUUCAGCCUUGUCAAGAUCACCAUUAAUGUCACCGGCCGUGCCCCCGCAUUGGGAAACAGAGACAUCCGCGGCACAUGACAGCGAUCCUACUUCUACAAUUCACCCAGAUAAACGUUACACAUCAACCCUGCGCACAUCUUCGCCACCAGUGGAGGAUGAAGUGCCUCGAAACAAUGUUGCACCGAAUGAUAUCUCCUCCGCUACUCAUCAUGAUCUAUGGAAUCCCAGGAUGAGUCAUGCUGAAUACUCAAUGAAUAAUUCCACCCUUGGAACGCGUCCAUCCCGGUCACGUUUCAAGCGUUCACUAGGGCUUUCGCACCUCCAGGAGCCAAACUCCCAAUGGUGGAGUGAUGCAUCUGACGACGAACCAAGGCAACCAAUCACGCCACGGCCUGAGGGACAAAGUUCAGACUACGCUCUUUACCGGAAGCCAUCACCACGCGAACGAAGAGGGCGCAAAUUAUCUCAUUGUGAAUCCAAAACGGUCCCGGCGACGGGGCCACCUGUGUCAAUGAGUGAAGAGGAAGGUGUCAAAGCUGAUGAUGAGGAUGAUUAUCAUGGAGUCUUGCAGGCAUAUUCCACGGAUGGCAUGGGCUCCGAUGGAUAGACAAACCACGAAUAUCAAUACAAUGUUGCCUACCAUGGCCGAGCCUGAAUAGCCCCCAAUAUGUGCUUUAGUGUUCAUUCCCAAGCUUUAUACUAAUUAUCAAGAUUCCUUGCUAACUUGUUG